AUGGAGCAAAUACACGGCGUCGACGUCUCGUGGAUGGCCCACCACGGAACCCCGAAAGACCGAGCGCAGCCUACCCGUCGAUCAGCCUUCCCUGCUCCCCCGGAACAGUCUCCCCGGGGUUCGCCCGCUUCGAGUCCGGUCAGGGAAGCACACGAUGCGAAUGGCCACGCAGACCCAGCGCCCAAAACAAACGGUACACUGCCCAAGCAGAUACCCCCUCGUCCUGGUUUCACCAGGGAGAGGGGGAGCUCGAUCAACGAGAAGAAUGGUGUGGCAAGCAGCGCCUCCCCGACGAGAAGGCCGUCGUGGUUCUCCAACAUAUCCCAGAAGUUCUCAGGCAGCGGGCCUCAAAGCCCGCCACAGGCCAACAACGCGCCGACUAAAGACGCCGAGAUCUCCGUCCCCAAGAUCACGCCCGCCAAGAAUGCAGUCCUCCAGCAUGCGGCUAAACACCAGGGAGAAGGCCCUUACACACCAGCACCGCCCAGGUCGGGCCAGACUGGCCUACUGCAUGUGUUGCGCAGGCUGUCGUCUAAUUCCGGGCAGUUGGGGCCUCCUAUGAAGGGCGUAAACAACCAUGGACUGGUCGAGCGGAAGGUAUUGAACGUCGACCAAAACCGAGAGCGAUGCCCCCUGGAAGAACUACACCAGUCCAAACUGCGGAGGGUGGCAUUCUGUGUCGACGUGGAGAUCGCGCCGAUGCCCAAGUAUUCCGAUGCCGAGGCUUCUCCCGCGCCCAAGGUGUGCGCCACCGGAAAGCCCGAGAAGCGGAAACUCGCCGAGAAGGGCGAGGGCGAGGCACUGAAGAACCCUAAGGCCGUUGAGAACCAAAAGGAACAGGAUGGUACCGUCCAGGUCUCAGGAGAGCAGUUGCCAAAAGAGCCCGAGAAAGAAGGCACAGAGAACAACGACGCUUCUACAAAAAAUGACACCCAGCCCUCUACCGACAGCGGCACAACCACGAAAAAGAAGGAGAAGAAGAAGAGGAGCGAGGAGGAGAGGAAAGCAAGAAAGGAUAAGAAGCGGAAACUUGCAGAGGCCAAUGGCCAGGUCCCUUUGGAACUACACCUCGAUACCGACACUUCUGAACCGUCAGCCCCGACCACCCCAAAGGUGCAGGCUGUCCCGACAACGAACCCCGUGCGCAUCUAUAGGAGAUGUUGUCAGCUCAGGGAGACGCCCAUCCUCAAGAAGAUCACCGAGCAGCUCAUGGCCCCUACGAACUCUACACCCGCCGGGGUCGUUGAGAAGCUGGACCUCAGUGGGUACUGGAUGCAGCUUGCAGAUCUCGUCACAUUGGGGGACUACCUGGCUGUCGUUCCCGUCAAGGAGGUCAUAUUAGAAAACUGCGGAUUAAACGAUGAGGGCCUGAGGGUCGUGUUGGCCGGUCUUCUCGCAGCGAGGAAGGUCAGCAGCGGCCCUAGGAGACGGCCGAUAACCUCAGCCGAUGGGCUCGUUGAGCAAGGGGGCGUGGUCGAGCGGCUGGUACUGAAGAACAACAAAAUCGGACCUGAGGGUUGGAAACACCUCUGCUUGUUCCUCUACAUGUGCAAAUCCAUCAUCAGCCUGGACCUGGCAGAGAUUCCGUUCCCAAAGCCACCGCCGCAAACAGCAGCAAACGGGCACACCCACCAUUUCCAUCUUCACGAAGAGAAAAAGGCCCCAUUGGACGUUGGUACGCUGUUCGCCAAAUGCAUUGGCGAAAGACUGGCAGGUUCAACGCUUGAAAUGAUGAAUUUGAGCAACAUCGGCCUGAACCAUGCCCAACUUGGUCAGGUCCUCGAUGGCAUAAUGCAGUGCGGGGUCCGCAGGCUCGGCCUUGCGCAUCUCGAUCUCGAUACAGACGGCCUCGAACACAUCAAAAAAUAUCUCAGCAGCGGGAAAUGCGAGGCUCUAGACCUGGGCGGUAACGACCUACGCGACCAAUGUGAGAAUAUUGGUGGCGCUAUCGACGAGACCAACGCGCUGUGGGCUCUAAGCUUGGCUGAGUGCAACCUCAAGCCAGCUUCACUGUGCAAAUUGCUCCCUCAUUUAUAUAAGCUUUCGAAUUUCCGUUUCCUUGAUCUGUCGCAGAAUCAAGCGCUGUUCAACUCGGAUCCUAGCGCUGUUGGGGUCCUCAGAAGAUACUUGCCAAAGAUGGAGACCGUCAAGAGGAUACACCUGAGCGACUGCGCCCUGAGCUCCGAGCAGGUGAUCGCUUUGGCCGAGGUCAUUCCGGAAAUGAAAUCGGUAGCCCACAUAAGUUUUCUGGAGAAUCCGGAACUCACCAAGCUGGCAGAUGCGAGCACCGAGGAGACGCAGGAAGAAGCGUCUGCACUUUACGCGUCCCUGUUGGCUGCUACAAGAAUAUCUCCCAGCCUCGUUUGUGUGGACAUUGACGUUCCCACUGAGACCUCUGGCGAGAUUGUGAAGGCUCUCGCCAAGCAGAUCGUGGCUUAUUGUCUGCGGAACAUGGAGCGACUACCAUUGAAGGAUGGCGGAUCGGGCCUUGCCGAGGCACUGGCAAACGGUGGCAAGGACCCAGAAUACCCAGAUGUGAUCCAACAUCUCGUUGGACAUGAUGUCAUGGCGCCCGACACAGACGACGAGGAAGUCGAAGCCGACGAUGAUUACAUAGUCGGAGGUACAGGCGUCGCGAAGGCGUUGGCUUGCUGCUUGAACAACCGCGGAGUCGCUUCGAGGAGAAAUUCUGGAGAGUUUGUGCGAGAUUUCGAGACAGGAGUUCCACAGCCAACGGCGCAACUGCCUGGUGGGAAAGCCAAGGACGUGUCAAAGCACUUGCUCCUCAGUGCAAGGAAAAUUCGGCACCGUCUGGAGCCUGCUCUCGUCAAGGCAAAGACCCUGGCGGAACAGUCCACCGGAGAGCGUGGUACCUAUCAGCGCUUGUUGUUCCUGCAAAAGACUCUGGAUGGCAUCAUCAAACGCUUCGAGGACGAGUUCCCGGAGACGAAAGAGGCCGCGGACAGUGGCAUAUCGAUCCCGCCGCCCGAUUACCAGCUCGAGAAGACCAACACUCGCAAUUCGCUUUCAUCUGCAGAAGCAGAGCCCGAGCACAUUGCGGCAGGAUCCGAUGUGGAGGACGAAUUCGACGUGCAGCGCAGCCUGGCUCGAAGCAGCUCCAACCUGUCGCUGUCAUCCCUGGCCCUCAACCGCGAGGAAGGCCGCGCGCUCCGGUCAGGUCACCAGUUCCGCUCUGGAUGGAUGACGGCGGAGCAGUAUCAACUGUUAUCGUCGGCAGGCUUCGAAGAACUAGAGAAGGACCCGCACCAGGUGCGCGUCUUCAAUGAGCUGAUUGACGAGCUCGACGACGAGGAAAUCAGCAAACUAAGGGAAGAGAAAGGCGCGGUGAGGGUGUUCCAGGAGCAUCGACAAAAGAUCGUGGACGCCUGCCGGGCAGCUGACCCUGAGUACUGGGUCAAAUUUGUGGAGAGCCAGGAGAAGGCCAAGGCAAACGUCAAUGUGUCCCAGCCCAAGCCCUGUAACAAUGGAGCUGUGCCGGAAGCCGCGGUGGUGGAUGAUGAGGUUGCUGUCGCGGACUAG